AGAUGACGAGCCCACCAAAGCUUGGGUUUAUAUUUUUGAACAUGUUCUUCACAAUCCUCGCAUUUUUUCACAGUUACGAGUUAUUGGUGAUCAACUUGCUUGUCCUAAUCGACAACUUUUUUCUCCAUACGAAACUCAAAGAAACCGGCGAGAAGAUCAAUUUUGAUCUUGAUAAGGGAUUUUUGGUCCCGUUUAUUUGGUCUCUAUCGUUUCACCUACUUACAGUGUUUGGUUCAAUGGAGACACUGAGUUUGAAAAUCGCAUUGGGGUAUAAUUUCAUUGUUCUUGGUGUCUACAGCCUGCUCUCAGUUGGUUUGCUUGUGGAAGCAUUUCAAUGAAUUUUACUACAUCCUCAUGUUUUCCAAUAUAAUGACUUUAUUUAUUCACCAUAAACUCAUAACAUUAAUAAAACGGUCAAAAAU